GUAUCAACUCCGGUCUCUCCGCCAUCUUUGUCGGCUACCCAUUGUUCAAUCUGGAGCUAACAGCGGUGGCAAAUCAGUUUAUUCUGCGCAAUAAAAUACUUGACGGUGUCACAGGCAGCUGCCCGCGACAGUCGUGGAUUUGCUCUCAGGGUUACGACUUGUUCUCGGCCAGCAAGUUCAACAGAAUGGACGAUGACCAGCCCAAAACCCUGUAAGUGUGUGUCUGCGUUAUCGUCAGCUAGCUAACAGCCUGUGUUCGUCACGUAGCUAACAUUCAGAGUCUUAACCGGAGCGCGCUGUGGGCUCAAAACCCUGCUUUCUGACAUAUACUUAUUGGUGAUUAAACUUAUUAAAUUAUCCGACUUUUUGAUAUACAUUUAUCCUUAUGAUUCGAUGUAAACUAAGUACAACAUAACGACAUAACCAGCCUCCGGUAAAUUCUGCACAUUCAUUAACGCUAGCUAGCGAGUUCCAGAAAAAUCUUAAAUUAACGCGUCGGUACACACUGCUUUAAAAGGGAAACCUGCUAUUACAGACGGACUAUUACGAGAAUUUCUCACGCCGAAUUGAGCACUAGAACGAAAACAUCACUCAUGUUCGGAAAUGACUGCUUCAGACUCCAAGGAAGUCCUGACAAUGUGCUGAAGAACACAGAAGUGACUGUUUUUUCAAUGGAGUUUGGUGUCACCGCCUCCGUAAUGUUUCCAAAGCGGUAGAAUAAAUAUCACAAGGGCCCGAUCACACAUUUGUUCGUCUAGUUUAGCCGCAAGAGAACCCAGCGCCUGAUAAUAAAUAUUAAUACCGGUGUUAAUUCGGGUUUGAAUGCGGGUUAUUUUUGUUACCGGGGUAAGAUUAACUUAAAUCUAUUUAAAGCCUACAGUGAUGUAAGACAAGGUCAAUAGCUGAGAUUUCAAUAAUGUUGGUUGUCCCCAGAUGCACUCUGUUUGGCUGAAGAGCUGUUUGCCUUUUCAAGGCAGACUGAAGAAUUAUUUGGCCUUGAGGUUUUAUUGCCUGGCGACAUUUGCAUUACUAUUAUACUGAAGGUGGACUGGGAAUCUGCAUAUUGCUUUGUGCUGGUAUCUGUUUUUGAGGCACAGGAAAGAGGGGGCUGCAUUGUCACACGGGUUAUGUAAAUAUGGAUUUUGGAAUAAUUUUGAAGGAGUGUACCCAAUCAUAGACCAGUUUUGGAAAAAAUGGUACAUAAUUAUCAUGUAAUCAGGCAGGAAAAGGUAUUCCUUGUGUAAAACAUAUGGUUUUCCAUGUAACACAACAUAAUUAGGGCAAGCUAUUGUUUCUCUAUCUUAACAACUAUGGCAUUAUCAUGUAACUAUCAGUGAACAAACUAGAAAGACUGCCCUUGUGUAAAAGGAAACUAUACAUAGCCAAUCCAUAAUUCUGCCAGAGAGGAAAAUACCAAUGUAAUGAUUGUUUAGGUUGAUAUUAUCUAGAUUUGCUAGUUUUACCUGGUAAAGUUUUAACGCUGUUGCAUUUUUUUCACUCAUAAGUUCCCAGAACUUUUUGAUAGCUUCAGAAAUUUCUACACUCUUCUCAAAUUUUGAAUCCCAAAGAGCUGCACCCUCUCUACUGAUAUGUGGCACUUGUACUCUCCUUUUCAUUGAUUAUUAUUAUGAAAGAAAGGCCAAACGUUUCCAGAAGCCCUACAGCCACUGUCUGGUGACUGUACUGCAUUACCACCAGGUGUUAGAAAAACAAUUAAAAAGAAAAACAAAUUCUAAAGAUGAGAGAAUAGCCAUGUAACCUUUUCAAAAAUACUCCUACUUUGGUCACAUGCACAAACCUUUAUACGUAGCCUGACAUGCACCUCCUCCUGUGUAUACCAUGUUGCCUAUCUGCUGUCUAUACUGAUUCUGUCUGUUCCAUCUCCAUUGGCAUCCCCUCGGCAAAUGCUGCUCAAGGUUUGACAUAAGUAGAAAAUGUAAUAAGACAAUUUUACCAGAAUAAUAAUCACACUGCCAACUAGUGUUUAAGAGAAGUAUUGCAGAGCAACAUAGACACUUUUAUGCACAGUGUGUUGUGUUAAGGACAGCCUCAGCCUCUAUGGCAUUGAGUCAAUGGAGAAGUAUGCAACAGGCUUAACCUCCAAAUACAAAAGCGUAAGGGAAGAAGUCACUCCAUGCUGUAGUGGACUAAAUAGAAAGACUGCACAUGUGCAAAUAGUAAAAAGAAUAUCUUAAAAUCAUAGACAAUGUCAUGAUAAAGGUCAGGAGUUUUCUGACCACUUGUAUCCCAAACUAGCAGUUGUAACUCCCAGUGUCCUCACCACUUUGCUUGUUUGUGUAUCUAGGUAUGUGGGGAAUCUGUCCCGGGACGUGACAGAGGCCCUCAUCUUGGAGUUGUUUGGCCAGAUUGGACCCUGCAAGAGCUGCAAAAUGAUAGUAGAUGUAAGUUUGAGUGCCACAUUUUAACUUCUUGUUGCUUUGUUCCUCUUUCACAUGGAUAGAUAUGUCUUGGCUUCACCAUACCCUCUUGGCUAUAAUAUCCCACAAUAACCAACUUGAAACGGUUUUCUUUCCAUGAUUCACAAAAUGACAUUUUUUCCUCCCUCUUAAGUCCCUAUUGGUCACUUUCUUACCUUUCUGUGUAACCAGUGGCUACCAUUGCUGUUGACCUUGUUGUUUGGUCACAGUGACACAAGUCCAUAUUAUGACAUCGAAUUGCAUCUUAUUUUGUCUUCUUCUGCAUACAUUUGCUGCUCAACAAGUCACUUCUUAUGUCUUUAUUUAGAAAAAAAAACUAAUUGCCAUCCUACUAGAGUUUCCUCAUCUGACUCAGAAUUAUGCACAUUAUUGUACAGCUACUAAUACGAGUAGGUGCUCUUUAACUGUGAGAGGUGGUGGCUAAGUGUGUGGUGGGUUUGAUUCCAGCCUUGGCCCUCUGCGGCAUGCCCUUCUCUCUCUCCCUCUCUCUCUUUAAAGCUUUUCCUGUCACACUCUAACUUUGUCUAUAAUAUAAGGGCCAAGACUCAUCUGAAAAGCGAUGUCAAGCAGUUUUCAUACAUGGUCAUCUCUUCGGUACAGACUCUGUAUUGUUAAUUUUCCAAGUCAGAAACUGGGACCUACAACAGAGCGUGUUUUCCCUUUUGGUUUGUUGCAUUGCAACCCAAAAAUAACCUGGACUGCGGGUCUUUUUCAAACACCAACUUAUUCAGGAAAGAUCUCCCCUUUUUCAGCGUGGUUUAUUUAAAAUCCUCACAUGUGUUUCAUAUUAUUUGGAGACCAACAAGUCCAAACAAGAGAAUCAAUACUUAAUGUUAUAAAUAGAUCCCAGGAGAUGAUAAUGUGGAGAGCACUUAGAUGGCACUAUCCCAGUUCUCCACAACUAUUCAUGGCACAUUGAGCCUUUCUGGCAUUCACAGACUGAUUGCAGAGGUUGCCACAUUAAUAUACCCAACUACCCACUGAAUUAAUCACACUCACUUUGUUUACGUGCACAGAGCAACAGUCAUAGAUCGAUUAGGUGCUUUAAUUGGACUGCUGUCCUUGUCUAAGUUUACAAGCACUGGGCAAAUAUCGAAUUAUCAACAGAUGCGUGUCCACCUCGGCUACAGUAGGUGGCGACAUGCCCCUUUCCAGCUUGCUACUAUUCGAUUAUCUCCCAGCUGAUCCAUUAUGUGUUAAAAGGCUAACAGGAUGUAUGUUGAAUGAUGAAAUUCCGGUCACUUUUACAGAUCUGUGCCGUGUUUUUUUUGUACGGAAAGUUUCAUCUUUCCCGUCUCUUCUUCAUCUGUCAAGGUUUUGUUUACUGCCUGGCUUCCUAGCAACGCGUUCAUGCGGUUGGACUCCAAACACUGGCCAAUUUAGGUCCAAUUGAGCCGAAUACAUGGAAGACGUGGUGUGCACCGUUUAGCUUGUUACCAUUGGAUCAUGUUUCAGUAGGCCUAUUUCAUCACAUACUAAAACAAUCAACAAACGAGGCAAGCCGGUUGUAUUUCGAACAGUAAAAACAGACAACUUUACAACUCUGCACUAAGUGUCCUCAUCUUGUUUCCUGCCUUUCUUGUUCCGUUGAGGUUUGUUUACUUCUUGGGUUCUUUCCAAGCAUCUCAGCUGUUUGAUUUCUACGUCAAACUGUGAAACAUACACAGAACCUCGAGGCUGUUUGUGGGUUGAUUUGAGUGUGUAAAUUUAAGAGAGAACUGAUUCUCACCUGUUUGGUUUAGGUUUGUGAGUAUGACAUGGAGUAAUGUCAGUGCUACUAAUGAGCUUUUAUGUAAUCUAAGUCCAGUUAUUAGUCAAACUAAUGCUAUAAAUCAAGUUUUUCUAUAUUAAAUCAAUGUACUGACUCACACUAGGAGUCAGCUUGGACUAUCUUGAGGUGCCCAGGAUCUUUAUUCUGCACAAGCUGAAGACUGAACUAUGUUUUGGUUCUUUGAGAGUUAACCAAUGAGUCAUAUCCGCCCUAAGUUUAAUGACCAAGUACAUCAUACAGUGUUAUUAUAUUAGUUAGGUACAGACAAACCUACAGCUGUCACAAAAUUAGCGGUGAUGAGGAAGUGUUGUUAUUUUUACUACCCCUGACUCACACCCUGAGUCUAUCAGCAUUCAACAUAAAGCCUUUGCCUCUUCGGUCUCUUCGUCAAAAAUCUCCACAUUUGAUUUAAACAGAGGAUACAGUGAGCGUACACGCCAACAUGAUUUUGACAAUGAUGUGAUGUUUGUCGGACUUAAAUACUUGUGUUUUGAUUCUGCCCUACAGACAGCAGGUCAUGAUCCAUACUGCUUUGUGGAGUUCUAUGAGCAUAGACAUGCCACUGCCACAAUCGCAGCCAUGAAUGGUCGGAAAAUUCUGGGUAAGGUAAGCAAUCAUAACUCCUGGGUGAGUCAAACAGGGCAAGGCUGGGUGGGAGAGGUUAACAUGAAGCCGGAAAAACUUGUAUCUUAUUAAACCUUAUCUUCCUGCUCCACCUCACUUAAUUUGUUUGAUUCCCUAGUGCACAUUACUUUUCGGUGCACAGUUUUGAAAUGUCCAGGACAAACAACAGGCUCAGACUCUGUAAGCUUCUGCUGUGUUAUCAUCAUAAGGGUUCUGAAGACAUGAUGUUCAUAUUCACUGCACAAAUUUUGCUUGAAAAGUUCCCGUUUUUAUUGUCCUCUUGGUAUUAACAAAACAAAACACUGUAGAUUAACACCAGUCAGUAGAUUUCCAUUUUUCACAACACGCAACCCAUGCUCUCUACAAGCACUGCUCUGAAGUAGGUGUUUAUUAGUAACUAGUUGGUUUUUCUAGAGUAAAUUGACUUGUCCCCCACAGAAGCUAGAAAUAGAAGUGCACUUAUUUCAUUAAAUGUUGAAACCAUUUAAGUUUCUAAUUAGGCCUCUGAUUAUUUUUUGCACUUGCACCAAAGCUGUAAAUAUUUAAUAUUUGAUUAAGCCACUCUGCAGCAGUAAAACUCAAGUGUUUACUCACACAUAAAAGCAGAAGCUGAGUGUUUGUUGUGUUUGCGUGUUUGAAUGGAUCAAAAAAACAACAGAGUGAAACUUUUUACUUUUUUUAUUUUUGAUAACUUUUUUUCUGAGUAAAUUGGUUUUUAGUUCAUAAAAUGCUAAAAGAUGUUUUUAAAGUCCAGCUUGAUAUAUACAUAUAUAGUUGCCAUGUUUUGUCUUUGAAAUCAUAAUAUUCAUUUCAGUGUGAGAAAACUACGGACAUAAACAUUCACUUGUGAGAAGCUGAAAUCUGUUCGACUUUCUGAGAUUUUUUUUCGAUGUAAUGUGAAACAUAAACAAAUAUAAUCUACCGUAAUGCCUGGAAUAAGUUGCAAAGGCUUUUACUGUCUGUCUACAUGAAGACUUCCAUUGUGUUCAGCAAUGUUCAGUUUCCAUGCAGAGGUGUAGCUCUUUCUAGUGUCACCAGUUAUCACCACCCUGCUAGCUACUCUUUCAUUAGUACAACUUGUUCGCAAAGUCUCUCGCCGUCUGCUUCUGCCAUUCACUCGUAAUCUUGAACUGAAAAGUCAAACUCAACUCAACAGAGUUUAUUAAUGCAAUUGUAACCCAGCUCUCUUUCAAUAUCUGAAUGCAACCGAAUGAGGGAGAAAAGCGUUAAAAAAUCGCCCUGCCAAUACUUCAUAUUGAAGCGCCAUCUUCUGGGUAAAACACUGCAGUACAACGGAAUAAAUCUCCCUGUAUUUUAAACUUUGGGAUGCACCUGCAAAGGAUGCAGCUCGUAAUAAAAAAACAGUGUUAGAAGUAUGUCUGGUACUGGGAGCUAAUCGCCUUGCAGUGUGAGCAUACAGUCCUUUUCUUAUCAGUCACAACCACUUGCUGCAUGUUCUCCCUUAUUCUCCAACCCAGAUAUUUCCUGUCUCUCUUGAAUUACCAAACAAAGGUAACAAUGUCCUUUUAGAAGUGUCUAAACACCAAAUUUUACAGUAAUUAAGGAAAGUGUUCUUCUAUUGUAUUCUAAUGUAUUCUUUACAGUUAUUAGGUUUGUAAAUAACAAGUCACAACAUGACAUUAGAUAGUUUAUUUCUGAUAUUGCAGAAUCAGCCACCAUAUAAUCUUUGACUCAACUCAGGGGCCUGCAAAUGUCACAUUCCCAUGUAACACAAUCCGACUCAGAAAUCGGUGAGAACCAAUUUGGUCGUGAAAACAUUUUAUGGUGCGUUAAUUGAUCCAGGAUAACUUGUCAAUGCAUUAACAUAUUUAGUUGUAUAAUUCUGCAGCCAACAGAAAACAUUACAGCUCAAAGGCAGGUUUAUUUGCAGGCCUUUGUGUAAAAUAACAUACCAUUCAUAUUCAUAAACUGGUUAACUUACAUUAUGUGUUUAUUCAAGUGUAAACAAAGUGCUGUGUGUGUUUUAUUUUUCACCUCAUACAACAUGCUCCAACAGCUCUGCUUUAAUUAAGGUUUUCCUUGAGUGAGUUUUCCAUCUGUGUAUGAAUUGAUUUAACAUGGUCCUGCUGUAUAAUAAUGUUAUGUGUUAACAGUCUUCUAUCUACUACAGUUGUUGCUCUUUUGUGCCCCUUACGUUUUUACUGCUAUGUGUUCUUCUGCAAACUUAUGUCCACAUAGAAUCCACAUAAGAGCAACUUUAACAGAAAUACAUUCAGUUGAAAAUAUUUUAUCCUCAACAGGUAUUGAAGGACCAUUUGAGGAGUAUAACAAGUUCGUAAAAAUCACUUGUUUGUAAGUCCCUUGUUAUUUGGACCUUACUUCCUACAAUUUUUCUCCAAAUUUUUACUAGACUGAGACUGAAUUGUUCCUGAUUAUGAAGGUGAUAUCCCAUAAUAUUCUCCACUGUGUUUUACUGUUUGAUUAAGUAAUGCAAAGGUUUGUAAAAUUAGAUUAUAACAUUGGAUAAAUCAGUUUGUAGUGAUGGUUUAAGUAGAACCGAAGUGUGGCACACAGAGACCACUUAAUUAAAAAAAAAAAAAAAAGUUCUCAACCACAAAAGUAAAACUGGUGUGUGACAAAACCUCUAAUCAAAGAAAAAGCACCUUCCUAUAGUCUGCAAACAAAGUUCAGAUUCUCACCUGUCCUCUCUUCCCUCGCUCUCGACGUCUGUCUCUUGCAGGAGGUGAAGGUCAACUGGGCCACGACGCCAACCAGCCAAAAGAAAGACACAAGCAGUGAGUGGAUCACCUCUCUCUAUUAUGUCUUUUUGCUGAUAGAAUUUUAAUAAACAUGUUAAACCAAUAAUAAUACCUGCAACAAUACAAUUCUUGUUUUUUUUUUGUAGGUCACUUCCAUGUCUUUGUUGGAGAUCUUAGUCCUGAAAUUACCACAGAUGACAUAAGAGCAGCUUUUGCUCCAUUUGGAAAAAUAUCGUAAGUUACUACCAUUUACUCUCAUUCUACACACUGUCUAAAAAGUAAAUAUUGCAUAUUAUUAUCUAGCCAACUCUAAUCUUGUUUGUCUUGAGAUAUCUUUCCCCAAAAAUUGUGGCUUUAAAAUGCAAAUAAAAACAGAAUUUGAUGGUUUGCGAAAAAUUUCUUUGCUAUAUUUAAUUGGAAAUAGUGCAUAUAAAGUGUUAAACUAAAAAGAGGUUGUUUUGUCAAAAAGUAGCUCUAGUAUAUCAGAGUAAAUGGUACAAUAUAGAAGACUCCCUCCAUAUUCCACAUUUGACUUCAUUUUAAAUCAAACAUUUCCAUUAUAUGUUUCUGCAUUUUUUUAACAUCAGUCAUUGUUCUGUUUGUCCACAGGGAUUGUCGUGUGGUGAAAGACAUGGCCACAGGUAAAUCAAAAGGCUAUGGCUUUGUCUCCUUCUUCAACAAAUGGGUGAGUAAACAAUCAAGUGGCCACUAGUAAGUGGACGGGAAAUGAGCCAAGCUCUGAUUCAUUGGCAUCUGAGACACUAUUUACCGUAAGCUGUCCCGUGUUGGUCGGUGACUCAGGAGUUUGUUGCGUGUUUGUUCUGUGUUAUCAGGACGCAGAGAACGCCAUCCAGCAGAUGGGAGGACAGUGGCUGGGCGGGAGGCAGAUCAGAACCAACUGGGCUACAAGGAAACCUGCUCCCAAAAACACGAAUGAAAGUAAGGUCCCAGUGAUUCAGUCAAAGGUUAAUUAAUUGGAGGUGGCUCGCUGUAAACCUGCUCGGCGUUUUCUUACUCACAGUGGAGGGAAUUCACUCUGUUAUGCAUUAAAUGUCAGCAUACUUUGCUAUUUUUACAAUUGAGUGCUGCAGUUUUAUUAUAGUCUUUAAAAGUAUCUAUACAUGUGACACCUCACACUUGACUCAAAUGGUAUUUUCCUCCUGUAGCACCCAGUUCCAAGCAGCUCUCUUUUGAUGAAGUGGUCAACCAGUCCAGCCCCAGCAACUGCACCGUGUACUGCGGUGGAGUCACAACAGGACUGACAGGUGAGUCACAGUUUGUCUGCAGGUGAAGGAGCGUCGUGUGCUCAUGGAGUAUAUUAAAAUAUUUGUUCUGUUAUUUAUUUUAUUUGCAGAGCAAACGAUGAGACAAACCUUCUCACCCUUUGGCCAAAUCAUGGAAAUUCGUGUUUUCCCAGACAAAGGAUAUUCAUUUGUGAGGUACGCCGGCUUUGUUAUGUACCCGUGCCUGUUACCCAUGUUUGUGAUCAGAGUGACUUGAUUUUAAGCUCUUCUCUGUGUGCAGGUUCAACUCCCAUGAGGCAGCCGCUCAUGCUAUUGUGUCCGUCAAUGGCACAUCCAUAGAGGGUUAUGUUGUGAAGUGUUACUGGGGUAAAGAAACAACAGACAUGGUCAGCCCCAUACAGCAGGUACAGAUGCCACAGGUAUGUACCUGAGUGUAAUGACGAGCUUGUCUUAAAUCAUCGCCUUUUACUGCUUGUCAAGUGUUUGCUCUGGUGCCUGGACCUUAAUCUAAUUCUGUAUAAUGUGGGUGCAACGUGAGCCUCUGCCUCCUAAAAUAUUCCUCUGUAUGUCAGCAGAACACGGUGAGCUUUGCAGCGCAGCCCUACAGUCAAUGGGGUCAGUGGUACGGCAACACGCAGCAGAUUGGUCAGUAUGUGCCCAAUGGAUGGCAGGUGCCGAGCUAUGGAGUCUACGGACAGACCUGGGAUCAGCAGGGCUACAAGUGAGUAUGCACGCUCAGAGGAGCAGCUCCACAAAGUUAAUGCGUCAAAAUAGCUUUUCUGCUUUCCUAUCAGACAUGCAAAUUACUGCUCUUGCAAAUCAUCUUUUCAUGCUUCAGUCUUUUUGUUCCUUCCUGAGCCAGUUUUUCUAGUUUCUUUUUCUACCGUGACACAACAUUAAGGCAGUCAAACAGGCUUCUUAAUAUUUCCUACUGUUUCCAACUUGCAUUUUAAUGAUUUGUAACUUUUUAAUCUCAACAAAUAAUGAAAAACUCUUGAGAAACGUUUGAGAUUUUCUGCAGAAGUUGUUGCAUACAUACCUGUUCGGAAAAGUGCUAAAUUAAACCUUGUUCAGAAAUCAGUUUUGAUCUGAAUGGCUCAUUUCUCUUUCAACACACUGAACAGGGAAUAAACUUUUUGUAAUUCAUAAAGAUUUUAAGGCUAUGAGUUUUGCAUAAUUAGAGGCACAUCUGACUUGGCUGACAGGCAGGCACUUUAGAGCUGUUAGUGAGGAUGCUCAAGGCCUGGCUCAGCUCUGCCUCCAGCUCCAAAAGUCUGCCUCUGAAUCUCAUCUGUGACAUUUUUGAGAUUACAACCAUGAUUUUAUGGCUUUACUGUGUCUAUUUACACUUGUCCCUUCAAGUGUCUGAAAUUUGUCAAAAUUAAAUUCACUUUCAUUCUUUGUUUCAUGCAUAGCCAAGCAUAUAUCUCACAUAUUUUGUUCUUUUUUUUUUUUAUAAUCAGACUUUAUUUUAUUUUCAGAAUUUACGUACAACUAUACAUCAUUUUUAUUCAAAUAAGGUAGAAAAUGACAAGAAAAAGAUGAAACAUGGGGGAAAAGAAAACAAAAAGAAGGGUUAACAAAGAAAAACCCCAACAACAACAGCACAACAAUGUGUCAUCAAUUUAAGUAUUUAAGUAAAUAAAGUAUUUUUUAGCAUUAGCUCAGUCUUGGACCCCCUAAACCACCAUCUCCCUUCCAUAUAGUUUCAUUCAGACCUUUAGGCAAGUAAUCCAUAAGGGGCUGCCAUGUGUCCAUAAAGAUAUCAUCAUUCCCUUUUAAUUUGGCACUUAGCCUUUCCAUCAGUAAAACUCUAAAAAUUUCUUUGUAUUACUGAGGUACAGUGGGAGGUUUGUGUCCAGUCCAAUUAAAUAGUAUACAUUUUCUGGCCAAAAAUAAGAGUUUAUUAAGUAAUUUUGAUCUUCUCACAUCCAUAACUCUAUUUGUAGGUGGCAGCCCCAAUAGAAACUGGCCUGGAUCUUUACAGAUCUUUUUUUUUAAGUAUUGCUGUCAUUCCCUUAGAUACACAGGACCAGAACUUUGAUAUUCUUGGACAGCUCCAGAAGCAGUAUCUAUAUGUUCCAUUUGUUAACUUACAUUUAAGGCACAAUGGUGUUCAUAAGGUGUCCUUUGCUGUCUAUGAAUUAUUCUAUACUGUAUUUCUUUGAAUUUAUUGACAUAUUUUGUUCUCAAAGCUAAGAACAGUCCAUCUUGUUUUUCAGAAAUUCUUGCAACUCUGGGAUACGUGCUAAUUAGUCAUUGUGGGGCACUAAAGCAGUUUCAAUUCAACCAGCUUUGCAAGAAGAGAAUUUUAUAGAUCGUUUUCUGUACCUGGCCUAAAACUCCUGUUAUGAAGUCCUUUUUGAAUCUAUUCAUCUAACUUUAUUGUUGCUUUCUGUUGCAGUCACUUACAUGCUGGUGCUGGAUGGACUGGUGUGGGUGCCAUGAGCAACGGGGGAAUGGUGGAGCCCGGGCAGGGCGUCAACGGGACGGUGCUAACCAACCAGGCCGGCAUGAGCACUGCAGGCUUCCACACUCAUUGAUCAGUGAUCACAGUAGCCCUUUCUGAGCCUCCGAGGCCACAUGGAUGAUACUCUGCUGGGGGAAGGAGCCCUUUAGAUGUGCUCUCUCUGUUACCACACAAAGUUAUUCUGUUAGCGAGGCUGGUACGCCAUUUUAUCAACCUCCACCAGCCCAUAACGUAACCCACUGCCCAAAAUCUGCAAGUGUACAGAAAUCAGUCCACAUCAGAACAAUUUAACACUGUUAAUUACAGCUAUCGCUAAUGCACCUUGCAUUCCUGGGCCCAUUUUAUUCUUUGGCGUAUUUUUGUAAUGCCUGCAGAUAACUGGCCAAAUGUAAAUUAUUCAACCGUGUCAUGAUAUUUCUAGCACAGCCACGUUUUAGUUUAGGAGUAAAAGAAGUGUUCAAUAAUUAAAUCUAUAGUAAAACACCAUUAUUUUUGUUUUCAGCCCCUCAAAGCCAAAGAGCAAGGGCAGAAUUUUAUACCAAUGUUUAACAAUCAUACAGGGAGACAAGGGUACCAACUUUGCCACAGGACAGACUCAACAGUCCAUAGUCAUGUAUUGAGGAAGGGGUGCGAUUUGGAUUUGUUCCCUCGAUUUGAACCUCUUGCAGCCUGUUUCUAAAGUGAGAAAUGAGUCAGAGGAAGCUCUCAGGGUGUGGUGAGGUCGUUCUGUGAAAAGUAGGGAAUCACUGAGUAAGAAAAGGCAGGUUUGUGGGGAAAGUGGACGCCAUAAAAUCAGUAAAUUUCCGCGCUCCUUCUUAGAUUCAUCUCCUGGAACAGACUGAAUGGACUGGAUUCAAUCUGUGAAUAAGAAAUGUGUGUGUGUGUGCUGGCGUGUGUGCAUGAACUCUGAUGCUUUUUACACACAAGAUUCAACGUCCACUUUCAUCUCCCCUCCCCCUCCCCCCCUCUGAAAAACUGAAAGGACUACUCCAUACUUUUUGCUGUCAUUAUUAUUCUCCAAAAUGCUGACAUUGUAUAAAGAGCUUUUUGCCUGUUUCUGUUAAAUUUGGGGACUGUCUUAUAAAGAAACGUUGCAGUGACACCAUCGAUUCAUGUGACAUGUGAGACCUUUUAUGUUUGUUUAUAAAAGUGGCUGUCAACUGUCAACAUUAUUUUUUAAAUUAGAUUUUCAAUAUCUCAAAUAAAUCAAUUGCAGGGAUUACUGCCACUCUUAUCUUACUUCUAGGCAGACAAUAUUGCACAAUUACUUAAGAUUAUCUUUUCAAAAAAAAAAAUUCAAAUAAUAGGGAUUUUUUUAUGUUUUUGCAUUCCACUUUGUUUUGUAAUUUGCUUUGGAACUCUGUUUUAUGUGACAGUCUGUUCAAUUGUACUGAAUCUGUAUAAAGACAACAUGUUACUUUGCUUCUGGUUGAGGUAAUGGAUUCCAGAAACAGCUGUUUGACAGUAGCAUCCCUGUCCAGUGCUGGUCCGUGUACAGUAGAGAAGGUGCGAGGUUUGAUUCUUCCGGAGGACGAGCCGCAUUGCUAUGUAAUGCAAAAAAAAAGAAAAAAGAAAAAAAAAAAAAGAGAGACAAAGCCUUUCGAUCGACAAGUAAUAACAUAAUUUAAGUUAUUCUGUUAUCCUAAAUAACGAUUGUUUUUAUAGAUUAAGAAACAACCUUCAAGGAUCAGAUUUUUGCACUGUGGCCACCAUCAUUUUUAAUAUAGUUGGAAAAAUCCAUUGUGUUGCCUUACUAUCAGUGAGUUUCUUUAAUUUAACCAAAAAUCAUCCAAGAGUAGGCGGUGCCUAAGAAUGUUUUCAACCUAUGUUUUGGCAAGGGAAGUUCUGUUGAUGCUUCAGUAACAUGGUUUGAGUUUUUGCUUUGUCCCAUUAAAUUGCUGAUGCUUAAAACAGCUCCCAUUUAACCUGUUUGAAUCUUAUCUUCUAUCCUCUGACGUGUGCUG